UCAGAGCCAUAUUAUGGUGAUGAUCAACUACCAUCUCAACAUCAUGGGCUUCCCCAAAGCGGCAGGGUGGCAACGCAGCGUUCAGGCCUUCGCGAUGAAAGAGCAGCGCUCGAAUGGAUCCGGCCCAAUAUUGCCAGCUUUGGCGGCGGUCCGACUGCUAUGACACUGUGGGAGCGCGGCUUUUUCAUGCAAUCCGGAACAGCACUAUCCAACAAUGCCAAUGCCGACGUCCAAAGCAUCAACUUCACAUUCGUUGCGCGCAAUCUCGGUUGCGAUUACCCAAAACACAAGAUUGCUGAGUUGGAAUGCAUGCAUAGUGUCCCUGUUAGUGAUAUUAUUGAGAAUUUCGUCGCCAACACUCAUCAAGCCCCAAUCGCUUUCAGUCCGGUUGCGGAUGAGGAUGACGUCUUGAACAAUUAUACAGCGAGAUAUCGAGCUGGUCAAGUUGCCAAAGUACCGGCAACCAUUCCUAAAACCGCCAAUGCAUACGCGUCUCUGGCACCGUAUCCGUUCAAGAAUCUCACCGCCGGUCCAAAUCCGCAGGCUGUAUUGGCGGGCACCGUCAACACCGUCUGUGGCAUCUCCAAUUCGAGCCUGUACCGAAACAACUUGAACAUCUCCACCUUCCGCUAUGGCUUUGGCGGGAACUGCUCCGACAUCAACCCGCUGUGGUGGAUGGGCGCGUAUUAUGCGUCAGGUCUGGCAAUGAUGUUUGGGAUUUAUGGCAUUAAAGCUGGAGAGCCCUCGCAGCUUGAAAACGAGACGAGCGCCGCAAUGCAAGAUUAUGUCCUUACCUUUGUUAAAGAUCCGAUCAAUGGACCUAGGAACGGAAAUUGA